UAUGAUGUCGGGGUGAAAGAGUUUGUUAAAUUUGCGGUUCAAAAUGCAAAGAACCCAAAUAGUUUGCUAUGCCCUUGUUUAGUUUGUUUGCAUGGUAUUCGAGUUAAUCCACUUGAAUUAGAAGAUCAUCUAAUUUGCAAGGGAAUUGAUAAAAACUAUAUAUGUUGGUCAAAUCAUGGCGAGUCCAGAUUUGAUUAUAGUGAUGCAGCAGAUAGUGUGAGAUCUACCUCAUUUGGAGCAGAGGAAGAUGCAUGUGAUGGUGACCGUGUUGAGGAAAUGGCGAAGGCGGUUGAAGAUGAUCUUCGUGAUUGUCCUCAAAUGUUUGAGAGGCUGAAAAAUGAUGCGGGGACACCUCUUUAUAAUGGAUGCUCUAAAUUCACAAGACUAUCUGCGGUCUUAAAGCUGUACAACUUGAAAGCUGCCAAUGGAUGGACUGAUACGAGCUUCACCAACCUACUAACACUCUUAAAAGAUAUGCUUCCAGAGGGAAACGUUCUUCCCGGUCGACUAUAUGAGGCUAAACAAAUGUUGUGCUCUAUUGGAAUGAGUUAUGAGGAUUCACGCAUGUCCUAAUGACUGCAUAUUAUUUCGAAAUGAAUAUGAUGGAAACAAGAUGCACAAGGGAAUCUGUUGCAUCGCCAAAUCAACACAGGUCUCACAUUGGGAUAAGUGCCAAUCAACUUAACAGUUGUACUUUUCUCAACAUAUAUUCAGAAAAGGUUCUUAUUCAAGGGAAACAAAUUAAAAUACCAAUAGAUCAAAAAAUAUUCCAUGAUGUUUAUAUGAAGAUUGAGCAUAUUGGUCGUGAGGAAGUCCGUGAAAUCACUGGGCAUGGUGAAUUAAGUGCUUCAGCCGUUUGUGUUUAUAUGAGGUUCUUAUUUGAUCACUGUGUGGCUGAAAACUUGAGUGAGAAAUUUGCCUUUUUGAGUCCUCAUCGAACGGCACAUGGGCUAACCAAUCAAAGCCAAUAUAUUUCGGAUGCAAUUAUGGCAAAUGCACACCCAAACCAAUUAUAUCUUGCACCGGUCAAUAUAGGGGCACAUUGGGUGUUGGUUGUGAUCAAUGCCACUACAGGGACCUUAUUUUACUUGGAUCCUAUACAUGGUAGUUUGAAUCAACGCAAAGUCAUGAAAGAGAUGUUUGAUAAUGCAAUGAUGAUCUACCGUGCUAAUUGCAAUGACAAGAGGAUUACAUGGUCCAAAGCCAAAUGGAAUACUAUAAAGUGCCCUGCCCAAACAAAUUAUAUAGAUUGCGGGUACUAUGUACUAAGCUUUCUAAAGGAGAUAAUUGCGCACAAAAAAUCUACAAUUCCACAAGCGGUAUGGAACUUUGACUAAAUUCUUAAUUUUUCCUAUU